UCAUCCAAUAUAUUAAGUUCUCUCUUCAAAACCUCAUUCUCUAAAAGAAGCGUCAUGAUCAGUCUCAGGAAGCUCAUCAAGUUGGCCAAGAAAUGGCAGACAUUUGCUGCCAUCAGGAGGAAGAGGAUUUCCUUUCCAAAGCAAAACGAGGGCACAGACAGUUGUAGUACAUCGUCUGUGGUUAGCAAGGGGCAUUUCGUUAUCUACACAGCUGACCAAAAGCGGUUUGUGGUUCCCCUAGCUUUUCUCGACAACGAAAUCAUCAGGCAACUAUUAGUAUUGUCUGAAGAAGAAUUUGGGCUUCCAAGUGAUGGACCUAUUACAUUGCUGUGCGAUGCAAUCUUCUUGGAGUACAUCAUAUCUCUUCUCUCCCACGGUGCAAGAGACGAGCUUCAGAAUGCUUUGCUUCUUUCAGUUACUUCGAGUCGUUGCUCCUCAGUUUUAUAUCAAGAAGGGAGGAACCAGCAAUUGGCUGUUUUCUGACUUGAUUGUCAGCAUUUUUUUAUUUUUGUAAAUGAUAACAAACUAAAUGUAGCUUAGUACAUGUUGAUUCCAAGUCUUCAAUAUGAUUGUUGAGGCACUAAAAGAAGUUGUUUCAUGACUCAAUAUGCUUUAGAGCUAGACUUUGUGACUAUACUGCAACAGAACUCUUACAAUGAAAAUUCUUGUCAUGUUCAUUACAAAUCCAUUAAUUAACAAUGAAAAUACUUAUGAGA